GACGAGGUUGAGAUACCAGGAGGAGGGGUUUGGAGGAGGAGGAGUCUUUUAGCUACAGGGAGUCAGUAAAAAGAAGUCGAAAGGAACAAGAGCCCCAUUACCUGAUCGGUGUCAGCCUGAGAAAGGUGUUAGAGCAUCUGCAACCAUGAAGCUGCUACAGGAAGCCGAGGAAGCAACAAACAAUAAAAAGUUAAUAAAAUCUCAGGUGGAGAAACGUCGAAGGGACAGAAUGAACCGCAGUUUGGAGUGUCUGAGGACCAUGUUGCUGCAGGAGCCGCAAGAAGGGUCCACUCAACACCGAGUGGAGAAAGCUGAGAUACUGGAACACACAGUCCUCUUCCUCCAGAACAAUGCCAAAGGAGACAAGACUACAGGUGGACGUGGGGACCAGAAACGCCCCUUCCAGGACGGUUUCUCCACUUGCCUGCAGACAGCUGCGGGGUUUCUGGGCCCCGAGGGGAAAGGGUCGGAGCUCGGAUCGGCGCUGCAUGCAGCUUUUGCCGCUCGUUUGGCCCGUUCACACUCACAGCCCGAAGGUCUCCAAAGCAGAAACUUUUUGCCGCACGCAAAGUUUAUUCUGCGGAUGCUGAGGCAGAAGUCCAAGCUCAAACUCAAACAAGCUCAAGCACGUGCCUCAGGGGAGAAACUCCCCAAACAGCCUCAGAAACAAAGAGAGUCCGAGAUCAGAGCAGAGAGAGGAGCGACCAAACAGAGCUCAGCCCAGAGCUCCCCCUCCAGCCACACUUUGUGGAGACCUUGGCCCUGAUCACCAGGCAGGGACUUCAGAGCUAUCAAUGACUAUAGACUAUUUAACAUAAACACUCAAAAAUAUUUAACAAUGAUUGUUGGUAUCUAUUUUUUGUAACUGAAAAGGAUAGGUGUUGUAGUCUUAUAAAGACGCAGAACCUCAGAUCCUGUAAAUAAUGUAGCUAAAUGUAUGUUUUCUACCUGCGCUGUAUGUGUGAUAGGGUUAACUCACUGUUUUAAAUACUUUUCAAUAAGCUCUGUCAGUGGGGCAUCCAUUUAAUCUUCUUACACAGGGACUCUACCGCGGGACACAGGUGAGCUGGAUCAGCCCAGCAGUCCGGCUGGGAUUGCUGCGCUGAAGAGCGAGUGAAGAGGUGUGGAAGCCCAGUGUUUGAGGCUGGGAGACCCACGCAGCUCCUCAUAUUCACCUCUCUGCUGGCAAGAGCGACAUCUGUGUCUCUGUGUAGGCUACAACAUCACUUGUAUUCAAUCUGACGUUAAAUCUUGUCUUUUUUGCACAAUAAUUUAUUCUGGAUUCUCCCUAUGGUGAGCUGUACUCUUUAAAAUAAAAAGACUAAAAAAAAACUACAACAACACGUGGUGUGAUUAUUUUAAGAUUAAAAGAAAUCCGGAAGACUCUAGUCUGCGGUUGCUCUGACAGCUCCCUUUAGUCCGGAUCAGAGGUGUGAAGCUCGACCUCCUGCAGAGUUACAUCCUCCAGGUGUGAAAUCUGAGC